UACUUGUUUUUCACCCUUUCUGGGUUUGUUCCAUUCAUCGAUUUAAGCCUUAGAUCCAAGGUCAGCGCUUUCGGUCCAAAUUGUGUUUCACGACUGGAAUAUAAAAGGCAAUUUCAGUUCCCUUUCAAGGCAAAUUUUUAUAGGUACCCAGAAAGGUAGCGCGUGACACCAACUGCAACUACAAUUUCCCCUACUUUAUUGUUUUCUUGCGCCCAAAGCUGGAAUCACCCGACUUCAAGAUGACGUGCCGCAAGGAAUUCAUCAAGCCCCGACGACCUACCCAAUUACUUUAUGUAAAUCUACAGAUUUCAGAUUCAUCCUUCACAAUUUCGAGAUCUCAGCAAGUGACACUUAACUCCAUAUUCUCAAAUUCAGAGAAAAUUCCUUUCUUGGUGAGAAUGGGUCGAGAGAAACAAAAUCCCAAGCGACCUGCAAUAUUCAUUUUCUGCACCAAAUCCCCACUCAAUCCAGCAGGAGGCAAGGAAUCCCAGGAGUCCCAAAUCGGGAUGACCAGAACCAUAUAAACAGCUAUGAAUCCUUGUGUGCUUCAUCUAAAAAAUCUUUACAAAAAUGGGCAGGUUAAGGUUAACCCAAUUGGUGAAGGUAACUGCAAAUCUCAAUAAGAGUAUGCAUCACAAACAGGGCAGAAAUUCAGUUCUGAUCUUCGACCUAAUCCUGGCAUCAGUAUGCAUAGUACUGGCCUGUUUCACCAUCUGUGUGUUCUGCAUCCUCAAGCAACUCCGAAUGAGGGUAGAAAAAGAUGAAGAAGAGGAGAACUCCAUGCACAAAUGUGCACCCACCCUGGCAUUUACAGAGGUAGAAAAGGCCACAGAUGGAUUCACCAACCGGCGUCUUCUGGGUCGAGGCCGGUAUGGGUCUGUUUACAAAGCCAUUUUUCCUGAUGGACAGGUAAUGGCCAUCAAGCGAAUCGACCCAUCUCAGGUACUUCGAUUUGCCGGCAAACCCACUGAGAUCUUCAGCUUUUCGGCAGAGAUCCGGGCCCUGUCUCGGGCCCACCAUCCGAACAUUGUGCCCCUAAUUGGGUACUGUGAGGCACCUGGUGAGAGGAUUCUGGCUAUGCCCUUCCAGCCGGGUAAGAGCCUUCAGUACCAUCUCCAUGAGGGCGGAGUGCUCUUUGGGUGGUCACAGAGGGUCAAGAUUUUGUAUGAAACUGCUCUGGGCAUUGAGUAUUUGCAUGAAGGCACUGCGCCCUUCAUCAUCCAUGGCAAUUUAAAGCCCUCCAAUGUGCUUCUGGACUCCACCUGGUCCGCCCGGAUUGUGGAUUUCGGGCUUGCUUUUUUGGCUCCCCCAAAUCAGAUGUCUGGGACUCUGGGCUACCUGGAUCCUGAGUACUAUACUGAUCUUAAUCUGGCCAAGGCUAGUGACAUGUAUAGCUUUGGUGUCCUUAUGCUCGAGAUGCUCAGCGGUAGGCCUUGCUUUGGGGGAGAUGAGAGGAAGUACAUCGUGGACUGGGCUGUGCCUCUGAUAAUGGCUUCCAGGACUGGUGAGGUUUUGGAUCCCAAAUUGGGCGUGCCUCGGAAUGUGGAACCAUUGAUCAGAAUGACUCAAUUGGCCUGUAGGUGUGUGAAGAGGUUGAGAAAGGACAGGCCCACCAUACUGGAGGUCGUUGUGGUGCUCAACAAGAUCGAAAUGGAUAUGGCGGCUGAAAUGGACUCUCCUAACAGAUUUUCUUCUGCAUACAAAAUGUCACCUUCUCGUCUUCUAGUCUAUUUUGCUUAGCAGAUUUUCUGAGUGUUUUGGGAACUGCUCUGAGAUGUUUAUGUUUUGUAUGUAUGGGGCAGUUGAAUCUCAGAAGCAUUUUGGUUUAGUGUGCGAAGCUUGUCAUGAUUCUUGAGUCAGGGUGUGCAGGUGCAGACGGUUUAGUGACUCUUUCGCUACAAGAUUUGUUCAAAGAAGGUUAGGAGAGCAAGGGAGUUCAUUGCCAAACUUAUUGGCAGUUGUUUAACAAAUUUGAAAAUUAGAAUGAUGGAUUCUGUUGUCUGUUAAAUAGAUUUGUUCAAAGAGGAUGUUGGGAGAGCGAAAGUUCAUUGUGAAGCUUGUUACCAGUUAUUCAACAAAUUUGAAAAUUAGAAUGAUGGAAUCUGAUGUCCAAUAAACAGAUUUGUUCAAAGACGAUAAGGUUAGGAGAACAAGGGAGCUCAUGGUCAAGUUCCUUAGCAGUCAUACAACAAAUCUGAAAAUAAGAAUGUUGGGUCUCUUGUUUGGUAAACAGAUUUGUUCAAAGAGAUAAGAUUAGGUGAACAAUGGAGCUUCUUAGCAGUCAUUCAACAAAUCUGAAAACUAGAGUGACAAUCCGUUGUUCAAUAAACUAUCUUUGAUUUCGUGAAUAUUAAAAUCCUUCAAAAAUUCUUCUUUCUA